GUAAAGGAGUCCCGGACCCGCUGGAGAAAAAGAAAAUAAGAAAAGGAUAGCGGGAGGGGAGGUGAAGAUGGAGGUGAAAGAAAGAACAGAUAUUGUUCAAACUAGUUGAAGGCGCUAUUCAUCACCCAUCAAAACACGAUGGGCAUGGCGGUGUCUACUCCUUGCCAACAUGCCAAGAUCCAAUUACCAAGUUAAUGUUAUACGGUCCGCAUGAACAAAGGACCAGUGACAUCGGAGAGAGGUAAAGACGAUCACGGCAAGGCAACGAACCAAAGGGCAGUGCUGAAAUCAAAGACACUGUACUGUAUAUACGCAAUCUGUCUCCAGCAGCCAAACCUCAUUUCCCAAACCAAAAUCUGCACGCCUAUGCACUCAGGUGAACCGCGGCUGAAGUUGUGCGGCGAGACUACCCAGUCUCUGUUACUGAAUGCGCGGUCAGCCGAGAAUAACAUAAGCACUGGUACCAAUUUGCCGCAGGUCUUCAAGUGAACCUGGUUUCAAGGAGAUCGCGGAAUCAUCAGACCUGAGGUCAAAUACUACCGAGCCCAGCACCUGCUUCACGGCAUCGGGUGGCCCAUAUACGGUAUGAUGACAAUCGUCCCAGAGCCAAUGAUCGUUUCAAACAUCGCAACCCUGCGCACUCCGAUGGCAGAACCAGUGACCUUUCCGCCAGAAGCCGGUCGAGCUGCUGAACCCAUGCGACUCUACAUUGCCAGUGUGCUUGCUCCAGUUGGUUCCUCUGAGAUACAGCUUUGAAGCGUCGCCGACGAGAAACUUCCCAAGCCGGUUCUCCUUGAUUCACAGCGCUGUUGGAAAAGGGCUUUCACCCAAAUUUGACAGGUUGACCACGCGAGACCGACAAUCCCGUCGAUCGGGUGCGUGGCGUCGGCGAAACUAGAUGGGAUCGGGGUCACGGGACUGAAGUGCCGAGCCAUGGUGGUGACCUGUGCACGGUGCAACGCAGGGCUUGUCAACGUAGACUGAAAAACUGGCCGUCGAGCCAUCGCCGUGUUGAAUCGAGAACGAACCAGAUAGAGCUCGCGAGGAUGCGUCUGGAAGAUGCAUUUGGCCUCGCCAAACUGGCGACGGGUGGAUGAUCGUUCCAUACAACUUCACUUCGUGUGCAUGCUGGCGACAGCCACCAGGACCUACUCAAGUGCAUCCGGUCUCCAAGUUGCUUUCCCGAAGAUUGAUGAGGUUCCAACUAUCGCUGGUUCGCGAUCUCGGUGCUCUCAUCAUCCUGUCACGGUCGAGGUCGGAGAAAACGGCCUGAAUCCGAUAUCGGGUGAAUGAGACUUCUUUGACGAAAGCAAGAGAGCUGCAAAAGGCUGAGAUUGACAUUCCCUGUGAACGAAGGCGUUCUGGUGGCCAUGCCUGUCAGCAAGCUUCAACCUAGACGAUAGAUCGCCGAUAUCCAUGGACCAGGCCCAAGCAUUUUCACGUUCUCUACAUGCGCUUGAAAUGGGCAUGAUACAUUAGAAGCGCGACUUGGAUCCAGAAUCUGAGGCCGACUUGGAAGACAUGAGGCCAAUGGACCCAUUGAACUAUCCUUCCCGCGAAUAUGUCCACGCUUUCCGUAAGAGUCAAUCCUGAAUAACGAUAUUCAAAGAGAACGGGUUCCAUUGAUGCACAGGUGUUGUGGGGAUUCGAAGAGAUUCGAAGGGGUCAAAGUGUGUAUCCGUGUUUGCGCAUCGCGUGCUCGACUUUUCUGGCUUCCACCGAACAUUCCCCUGCCACAACUGGCAGUUGUCUGACCACGAUAGCCAACCUUCACCGCUAGAACACUCGAGACACUUUUGUUAUCCCAAGUCACUGGCACGGGCAGGACUGGGCCCAUCGGCGCGAACUCACGUGAAUCUCUCAGCGGCGACGUCAUAUCAACCUUUCACUGCUAUGGACGGUUUCGGUCAAAACUAUCCCUCUGCGCCUGAGCUAGUCGACUCUGCCACCAACCUAGCCAACACACCACAGCGUCCCGUUUCAGCAUCAUCAGGACCAGCGCAGGAGACGGAUGAUUCGAGGAAAGGAUCUAAACGCCGCAAGGUCAAUCAUGCCUGCCUCUAUUGCCGGCGCAGCCAUAUGACCUGCGAUGAGGGACGUCCGUGCCAACGAUGCAUCAAACGAGAGAUUGGGCAUCUGUGUCAUGACGAACGAAAGUCCAAAGGGUCAGACAAGCAGAGCAGCGGCUCGACCCCCGUACCUAAUGGGCAAUCUAUGACCUUCACCUCGGCAACGCAAUGGAAUAAAUCACCAUAUCUGAUCCAGCCAGAGACGUUGGGCAACGAAUUCUCCAUGCUCAGUGAUUUCCUCGAGACAUUGGACGAAGGGACUUUCUUUUCUGGUCCGACACCGCAGGGCACCACCAUAUUACCACUUCCCGUACCCCAACAAGCGCAGGUUGCGCCUGCGCAGCCGCCACCCAUCACACCCUCUGUCAUCCUUGCUGCCACAAAGACCGAACGAUUUCUCUUAACUGCCGCGGACCAGGAGUCGGGCUCACGAGACGAGCGUCUAAAUCGUGUCAUUCGCAGCAAGUACGAGGCGGGUCUCCUCAAGCCAUACAACUAUGUCAAGGGAUAUGCCCGUCUGAGUAGAUGGAUGGAUCGCAACGUAUCACAAGAAUCAAAGCAGCAGAUAUUGCAGCCGCUUUCUGUGCUGCGUCCUAAGUUCCGUGCUGUAGCGCAGAGCUUGCGAGAUAUCGAUCUGGUUUUCAUCGAAGAAGCCUUCGAGCGUCUACUGUUAGACUACGAUCGCGUGUUCUCUGCGAUGGGUGUCCCUGCAUGCCUGUGGCGCCGGACUGGCGAGAUCUAUAAAGGAAAUCGAGAGUUCAGUGAGCUAGUUGGGGUGAGCGGAGAGGACAUGCGGGAGGGGCGGCUUUGCAUCUACGAGCUGAUGUCUGAAGAGAGUGCGGUCAACUAUUGGGAGAAAUACGGCAACGUCGCGUUCGACUCUUCACAAAAAGCCGUUCUAACCACCUGUGUGUUGCGAUAUAAGCCAGUCUUGCCCUCGUCAAACUCGCUUCCCAAUGCGGCUUCCGAGGUAGCCAGAGCUGGAGGCGACGAGUCUCCCCCAAUGGUACAGGAAGAGGGCGACUUCAUCAAUUGUUGCUUUUCUUUCACGAUACGUCGAGAUAAGUGGGGGAUUCCAACGAUGAUUGUCGGUAAUUUUAUUCAAACCUGAAGCAUGUAUUAUACUUUGUAUCGACUAGAUAUGGCGAAUCGCGUGAUACCUUCUAAC